GCCUGGUCCUUGGGCUGCGCAUACAUUCUGACUUCACUUCAGUUUUGUGUUUAGUUCUGGCUAUUGGAGAGAAUCCCUGAAAGAGUUGACAGUGAAGCACUUGUUCUGCACUUUGGGGAAACCUGUUGAUUAGAGAGGGGCACUAGAGGAUGCUCGCAGUGCAGUCACAUCACUGUGCUGCAGUAGUUUACAGCUCCUAUUUGUGAACAUGUUUAUUCUCAGGGAUCAUUUUCUGCAGAACGACCAGAGGAUGUAUAGAAAUGCCUAUUUCUAUAUUUUAAAGCCAAAGGAUGUGACGAUGACAUCCUUCAUGUGUGACACCCUCUCAGCAUCACAAUGUCACUUUCCCACAUCAAGGCUUUUCUCUCGAGGACGGCGACGGAUGAAUGCAGCGAUGUUGUUUUUCACAGCUGUUGCUCGGAGAGAAUAUGUAUUUUGGUACCUCAGGACUUGAGCCGCUGCUGAAUGGGAGGAUUAGCCUCCACUGUGAUGCAUGCACAUGCUGCCUCAGGCUCACAUCCAGUCACAAAGGGCGCCGGACGAGCGUGUGAUGACAUAGCAACCGUUUCAGCGCGUGUCCCUCCAUUCAUUCAGAGCCACAGGUUGUGCUGUUACUCGGAGGUGCGGAUACUUGCACCUCCGAGUAAUAAUCAACGUUAAAAUCUGGAUGAACUGGACUUCUCAAAGGCAUUUAGGUGAAUUGUUUUCAUCUGUUUAGUUUUCAAAAGGGCACGUGUCUAAUACAGAACAGUCUGUGAAACAUGCGUGAAAACGAGCUGCAGACAAAUGAGGAUGUCGAUGGAAUCGAUGGAAGAUUUCAAAGCCUCUCGCGUCCAAAGUUAUUGCUGCUCCUGCUUCCGCCCCAGCGCUCAUAACAAGAUAAUAAAUUAUAAAUGGUCCGACACUUUCAUUUCACUAGUCUAGGAGGAGCUUCAGUCCAUUAGCUGCGUGUAAUAAAAAGAGGCUGCAGCACUCAAUGAGUUUGCAUCUCUUUAUGGAUCUCUGUGCACAUGCUGUGACUGUUCCACGGCGCCGAGGUGUUUGCCGCGCUGCAGUAUGUGAGGGCUGAGGCAGCGCAUUGUCCACAUUUAGCGUAUGAUUGCUGGGAGUGUGAAGUGAACUCUGUGGGUGAGUCACUCCGCUGGCUGUGAAAAAGGUAGUUCUGAGAUGGGAGCGCCGCCCCCGCACCCGUUGGCCCACCCAGCGCCUGGUGCUGGUUUGCACUGGCUCGUACGAGAAGUUUAUUUAUUGGCCGGUUAAAUCCGUCUCCUGUGGGUGUUUGAGUGAUGGACAUUGUUAUGUGUAAAAUAAAUAUUCAUUAUUCCUUUUUGGACAGACUUUGGUCUGUGGAUCAACGUCUGUCCUCACUUACAUAACAUCCUUUGUGAGUGCAGCAAGUAAAACCUGUUCUGGUGUUUGUAUCGGCGCCUGAUAAAUGUGACAACAUGAAGCCGGGCUUCUGAGUAGAAUUAGAAAAUACACAAACACAGUGAGAAGAAUACAGAAGUGUCAUAUUUCAUGAAAGCAUUAUUUGUUUGUGCAGUAAAUACUGUACAGAAAUAUGUGAAGUCAGCUGUUGUUCAACACAUUAACACCUGCUUAGCAUUUAGCAGCAGAACUGUAUACACACACUACAAUGUAAGUGUUUAUUCAUUUAUUAACAGUGUAUUUAUCUGCAGUGUGUUAUAUUUACCAUUAGUCUUUAGCUAUAAUAGUAUUUUUACUCCUUGUCUCCUACUGGAACAGUCGGUCACACGUGCGAGAGAGUUUGUGACCAACCUCUCACUAAACACUACGUUGUGUCGCUCGCACCUGGAGCUGGUGCUGACUCGUGUGUGAUGUGGCCGCCGACCAUCAGAGGGAGCCUGGCGUAAAGAGACGGAGCCGCGCUGAGGAGCGAACGCCGCCCGGCUCCUCCAGGGCCCAGAAGCCGUGAGGCUACGAUGCGACUGUAGGGAAACCCGAUCGCUGCUAAUGCAACGGGGGAUUUCACCAGUGUUUACAAGUGUGUGUCACGAAUGUGCAUCAGCAGGGAGAUUUUUCCAUCGUUCAACACACACAGCGGUGUGUUUACAGCGUGGGAAAUCGGGUCCCGUGGCCUUAAUGGCCCUUUAAUUUCAUGCAUGUGAGAGGAGGUGGAGGCAGCGUCUCUAUUAUUAGUCUCUCAAUCUGCCACUAUUCAGCUGGCAAAACAAAGGGCGCAGCAUCUCCCUCCUUAUCGCUGAGACAGCUCCAUUUUAAUACACACACACACACACACACACACACAGAUGACACAAACAUCCUGAACACAUGGUCCCCUCAGCAAAACACAGCGCGGAGGAUCACGUAGACGGGAGAGGGGUGCCGCUGGAAAUCUCAGCGGGAGUCUCCGCAUCCGCCGGUGAUGCGCGCGCCUCCUCCCCCCCCCACGUCCUCUCCCUCCUGUGGUACGGCCCAGAUAGAUGUCAGAGGCAUUUAAAUGAGGAGGAUCAGGCUCCAGAGGCAGCUAGAGCAGCGACAGCUGGCCUGGACCAGGAGGGAGACGGAGCAGUGGGGGGGUCACACACUGGGAUGUGAGGGAGGAGUUAAUGGAUCUGCUGGACCAGCUCUUUGUAUGUAUGACAGGGACAGACCAAGGAGAGAGAGGAGAUGACUGAGGUUGUGAGUGUGUUAGCGUGUGUGUUUGUUGUUUUCAUCAUGUGACUUGAGUGUUUGAAGUGAUUCUUUCUUGUUUCUCUCCAUCCCUCCCUGCAUCUAGCAGAAACCAUCCUGGGCCAUUUGCUGUUUGGCAUGCUCCAUCCCCCCGCCCGGACAGUCUCUCUCUCUCUCUCUCUCUCUCCCUCUCUCUCUCAGCCCUAGUAGCCGCCGGUUAACGCAGGCUCUGAGGAGACAGUUGAACUCCGAGGCGCCCGCCACCUCCUCACUUCCCAGCAUUCCUUGCCUGGAAUCCCUGUAGCUUUGAAACAGUCCAUUGACCUGCGCACAUCCAUGGAUGGGAAGUACAAGGAGAUUGCUGAGGAGCUCUUCUCCCGGAGCCUGGCCGACAGCGAGAUGCGCAGCGCUCCGUACGAAUUCCCAGAGGACAGCCCCAUCGAACAGCUGGAGGAGAAGCGCCACCGCCUGGAGCGGCAGAUCAGCCAGGAUGUCAAGUUUGAACCGGACAUCCUCCUACGAGCUAAGCAGGACUUCAUGAAGACCGACAGCGCCACUGACCUUGAAUAUAUGAAAGAGCAGAGCCAGUCUCCUGACCUGCAGGAGAGGGAGCUGCCUCCAGAGAGAGAGUACCAAAGAGUCACCAUUUCUGGAGAGGAGAAAUGUGGAGUUCCCUUCACGGACCUGUUGGACGCGGCCAAGUGUGUGGUGAAGGCGCUGUUCAUCCGGCAGAAGUACAUGGGCCUGUCGCUGCAGAGCUUCUGCAGGACCACGGCCCGUUACCUGCAGGAGCUGAGCGAGAGGCCGCUGGACCUGGACGCGUACGAGGAGGACGUGCCCGAGACCGCAGUCACUGCAGAUGCCACGGUGCACCCGCCUGUGUCCGCGACGCACCCCUACGAGAACCAGGAGCCCGCCGGCAUGCCCCCCGACCUGGGCUACGGCUGCCAGAUGGUGGACGGCGUCAUGCACGUGUACACCACCAGGGGCGCCAUGCAAAAGAGCACCGAGCUGGAGCUGCCGUACCCGGACCUGCAGGAGUACAUCGCUGAUAUGAACGUCAUGAUGGCGCUGAUAAUCAAUGGACCAGUAAAGUCCUUCUGCUACCGCCGCCUGCAGUACCUCAGCUCCAAGUUCCAGAUGCACAUCCUGCUGAAUGAGAUGAAGGAGCUGGCAGCGCAGAAGAAAGUCCCACAUCGAGACUUUUACAAUAUCCGUAAGGUGGACACGCACAUCCACGCCUCGUCCUGCAUGAACCAGAAGCACCUGCUGCGCUUCAUCAAACGGGCCAUGAAGAAGUACCCCAAGGAGAUCGUUCACGUGGAGCGGGGCAAAGGUCAGACGCUGAUGGAGGUGUUUGAAAGCAUGAACCUGACGGCCUUCGACCUGAGCGUGGACACGCUGGACAUGCACGCCGACCGCAACACCUUCCAUCGAUUUGACAAGUUCAAUGCCAAGUACAAUCCCAUCGGUGAGUCCAUCCUGAGGGAGAUCUUCAUCAAAACGGACAACCACGUCAAGGGCAAAUACUUUGGCCACAUUGUUAAGGAGGUGAUGGCCGACCUGGAGGAGAGCAAGUACCAGAACGUGGAGCUCAGGCUGUCGAUCUACGGCCGCUCCAGAGACGAGUGGAGCAAACUGGCCAAGUGGGCGGUCGACCAUCAGGUGUACUCCGACAACGUGCGCUGGCUCGUGCAGGUUCCCCGGCUCUUUGACGUCUAUCACACAAAGAGGCAACUGGGCAACUUCCAGGAGAUGCUGGAGAACAUCUUCACGCCUCUGUUCGAGGUGACGGUGAACCCGGGCAGUCACCCGGAGCUGCACCUCUUCCUCCAGCACGUGGUGGGUUUUGACAGCGUGGACGACGAGUCGAAGCCGGAGCAGCACAUCUUCAACCUGGACAGCCCGCUGCCAGGCAACUGGACAGAGGAGGACAACCCCCCGUACUCCUACUACCUGUACUACAUGUACGCCAACAUGACCGUGCUGAACCACCUGCGCAGGCAGCGGGGCUUUCCCACGCUGGUCUUUCGCCCUCACUGUGGGGAAGCUGGGCCCAUCCAUCACCUGGUGUCUGGUUUCAUGCUGUCGGAGAACAUCUGCCACGGGCUGCUGCUCAGGAAGGCUCCGGUGCUGCAGUAUCUGUACUACUUGGCCCAGAUCGGCAUCGCAAUGUCUCCUCUCAGCAACAACAGCCUGUUCCUCAGCUACCAUCGUAACCCUCUGCCUGAGUACCUGUCCAGAGGCCUCAUGGUCUCUCUGUCCACAGACGACCCCCUGCAGUUUCACUUCACCAAGGAGCCCCUGAUGGAGGAGUACAGCAUCGCCGCUCAGGUGUGGAAGCUCAGCUCCUGCGACAUGUGCGAACUGGCCAGGAACAGCGUGCUGAUGAGCGGCUUCUCUCACAAGGUGAAGAGCUACUGGCUCGGCCCAAACUACGUCAAGGAGGGUCAGGAGAGCAACGACAUCAGGCGCACCAACGUGCCGGACAUCCGCGUGGCGUACCGCUACGAGACGCUGUGUGAGGAGCUGAAUCUGAUCACGCAGGCCAUCCGCACGGACGAGCUGGAGACCAUCGAGGAGGAGGGCAGCCUGAGCAUGGGAGCCGCGCAGGCGGACGCGUGAGGGCGCAGCGGCGCUCGUAUCCGGACCUCAUGUCGACAUAUGGCAGCCAGUGUAAAGACAGAGCGCUGGGCUGCGCGAGAGUGGACCUACAAUCUGUGUACUUAACGUGGGCAACGCCUUGAACUCUCCCUGAGUCAGUCCUUAAUUUCUCAUCAUGACUAGACAUUUUUAUUGGCCUGUUCAUUUAUGGUUUGUGUCUACAUUUUGUAUUUUUAGUAGUAAUAUGUUCGUUUUAAGUUUAACAGUGUUACUCAAAUAUAAUUACUGGAUGAAAUGGGUCGAAAACAAAAAAUAUAUACAGUACGCGCAGGCCUGUAAAUACCAGUAAGGUCGCUGAGUUCAUGACCAUGAUACGUUUUGGCCAUUCUUGAGAUCGAGUGACUUUGGCUCCUUUCGCCCAUCGCAAUAAAAACCCCACCAAAAAACACACCAAAGGUUUUCUGAGGCUGAUUUGAACAUUUACGAUUUACAAACUUUUUGACGCCGAUGAUAGAGUUUGAUCGAAGCGACAAAACGUUUGCCCGAAAAGUAUAAUUGGUGCCAAACAGCACACGAGCAGUUUAAUAAAUAACUUUAAUUUUAUGGAGGCAGGGGCAGACUUUGACCAAUGCACUUUGAAAAUCCUGGCUUGGAAGGCCAUGAAAGAGUUAAACCUGUAAUGCAAGCGUUCUUAUAUUUCAAUUCAUUUCAGUAUAGUUUAUUGUCCACAGGGCAACGCCUCCAGCUGUAACGGGCAGAAUCCCAUCUUCUCCAGUCCUGCUGAUGAUAAUUAUAGAUCCCCCACGUGCUGCAUCUGCUGUUUCUACAGUGGUUCACUGGAAUUGCAUGAAGGCAUGUUGAAAUUAGUUUCCAGUGUUUCCUGCAGUGUUUCUCAUCUUGUGAACUAUAAGGGUGUUAACAUCUUUUCUUUACCAACAGAUAUUUGUGCAGACAUGUGCAAUUUUAAAAGCUCAGUGACUAUUGCAUGAUGAUCCAUUCCUCCAGUUUGACUUCUUGCACAAGUUCACCCAGUGCCGAGUAGAUGAGUAAAUAGUUUUGUGAACUGAAGGUUCGCUAAUUUCUGCCUUGGGUUUUAGUCCAGGUGUUCAGCAGGGCUACCGAGAGUGUUGUAUGUGAAAUGUGAUCCAAUAUUUGUCGUCUGUGAAGAAUAAAUGUUGUGUACGUCA